AUGAUUGCACUCUCCCUCUUACCAUUCCUUGCACUCUUAGCUACAGCUCUUGCCCAGGAGACUCAUGACCGCAGGAACAUCCGGAACGUAGUGGAGAACGGUAUGGCCAAGUGGAUUGAACAUCUCGGUGGCCCCGCAAGUCGCACCUCCGGCCACGCCAUCAGCUUCCAAGAGCGCAAGAACGCCCAAGGAAAGCCACUGUACUGUGCUUCUCCCACCAACCGCGACGCCUGGAAUGACAAGGUCCCCCACGACACACUUGCGAUGGAAUACACUGAGAACAAAGGCUGGGGCGGAAGUGUCGGCUUGACACGCAACGGGAAGCCCUGGCAGCAACUCGUAUAUAUUGCCAACGGGUACACACUGCUUGGAGUUAUGCACGAGCUAGGCCAUGUUCUAGGCAUGGCCCAUGAGCACAACCACCCGGACCGCGACACCUACCUCAAAAUCACCCCCAAAGCCCUCGCAGACUGGGACUCAUGCUGGCAACGCGUCCACGCCCACGAAGGCCCGCUCAUUACACCCGAGAAUCUCUGCCGCUCCAUCCGUCUAACCAUCAAAUACGGUUGCACAUGCGCCGCCUUUGUCAAAAACUACGUUGAACCAGGCUGGCCCAUCAAGUCAAACGCCGGCUUCGAUAUCGCCAGCAUCAUGCAUUACGCCAGUGUGUCCGGGUAUUCGAAUCAGCGGUGCAUCACCAAGGGUGAGGAUUGUCCUGUGGUGGCGUAUGUGGACCCGAAGGAUCAUGGCAAAGGGACGAGGUUGGUGGAGCAGGUGAGGAGGCCGAGUGAGAAGGACUUGAUGUGGGUCAAGAGGAAUUAUCCGUGGUAGGAGCUCUAGAGUUAGAGGCUUUUGGGCUAGAAAGAAUGCUCCUCUAAAGACUACCUUGUCGCUCUGUUCCCCCCCGAGCUUUUGUAGAAGGGAAACACGAAGUCAUGAAGCUGCACUAGUAGACUGAUGCCUU